AUGAUAUCGUAACUAUAAUCAUACUCUCUAUUUGUCAAGCUUAAUGACUAAAGAAAAAUAUGAGUACUCUAUUGAUUUAGCGCGCACGGUAUGAAAGUUGUUUUACAACGUCAAUAUUUUUAUUUUCAAAUCACACAACCGUGGCAGGCAAAUGCGAAGAAUUACAACCAGGCAGGCAGCAGAGAAUUGAGCUGCGAAACGAAAAUUUGAAAUUCGAGCUCAAUCAAAGUGUAAAAAACUGAAACGCUCUCAAAUUCAAGCAACAUCAAAAUCAUACAGAAACGAAACAAUCAUCCUAUCACACUUUCUCUCUCCAAAAACCAGCAAAACAACAAUGGAGGAUUACUUGCAUUACAUGAAAACUCUUCGCACUCAGAUGAACGAUGUUGAAGAUCAAGCGGCGAAGAUUUCCGUUGAGGAGCAAAUGCAAAUCACUACAAUUCACACUCUCAAGAUAGAUCUCAACUCAGCGAAAUCGGAAAUUAAGCGAGUUGCUGAGGAGACUGAUCAAUUGGUUAAGAGGAAAGCUGAAAUUUGUUCCAGAAUUUUGGAGAAGCAGAAAAGAAUUGCCUCUUUGGAAGUUGAUUCCUUCAACUUGUCUCAGACUUUGGAACUUACUCAACAAGAGAAAAGCAACUUUUCAACAAAGGUUUUUGAGAAAAGGGCAUAUUAUGCCAAGGUUGUUGAGGAAAUGAAUUCAAAAUUGCAAGAACAGAAGGACUGGCUGGAUAAUAAACUACGGAACGAGCCCCCUCAAGGAAGUAACAUGGAAAUAGAUUUGACUCAAGACGUUAGCAAGGGUCCAGUUCCACUCACCACGGGAAAUGAGGAGAAGACAAUUCUGCUGGGAAAGCUGCAUGCUGCACAAUCUAAGCUUGAUGAGAUUAACUGCGCAAAAACCAGGCUGAUUUCUGAGAACAAUGAGUUGAAGCAAUCUGCAGAACAAUUAAAGAGUAAAAUAAAUAAUCUCAAGCCAGAGCUAAGUGCCACAGAUCUGAACACGCUGGAAGAGGAAGACAAGACUAUCUUGUCAGAGAAGAAUGGCGAAAUGGAGUAUUUGCAGAGUUUGCUGAGCAACCUCGAGAAACUGAAGGGAAUUUCACACGUUAUCAAGUGCGCUUGCGGAGGAGAAUACAAGGUGGAAAUGGGCGUUUGUGAUGGGGGAGAAUAGUGUACUAUUGACAUCAGUAAACGAGUCAUUAUCAGAUAUUCAGAUGGAUUACAGAAGAGCUAUGGAUUUAGCUAACUACACGAGUAGUCAACCUUCAUUGCCACCCACGUUCAGCAUCAAGGUCAGAAAUUGAUCAGAGCCUCAAAUUGAGGACUUCAUUAUUCGUGGGACGAGUGCACAAAGUUGUGAUUCUAAAUUUAGCAAAUUGAGAGAGUUUUCUUUAAUUUACACCAGAUUAGACAAUUGCUGUUUGUUCAUUCUAUCUAGUAAGGAUUGAACACUAGACCUCUUUGUUAAAAGUUCAACAUCCAACCAUCUUAACCAACUACAACUUAUGUUAUA